ACUAUGGACAAUUUAAAUGAUCCUGAUAAAAUAACAAAAAAAAAGCUACAAAAAAAAAAAGCUAAAAAAUUAUUACACGAUUCCAAACCAUGGAGUGUCGAACAAAAAAAAAGAUUAUUAAGUGCAAUGAUGAAACAUGGUUGUUCCAAUUACAAAGCAAUUGCUAAAGAAUUUUCUGAAUUUACAAAAACAACUGUUAAAAAUAUGAUUUUAUUGAUGAUCAAAAAAGCUGAAACAGAACAAUAUAGCUAUUCUAUAAGAGAUUGGAAAAAUGUAAAGUUGUAUUCAAACAAAAAACCAAUAAUCACCAAAGCAUUAAAAUACAUAUCUCUUUUUGAAAAACAUCCAUCAACAGAUAAAUGUGCUGGUUGUGAUUUUCAGGCUCUUUAUAAUUGUUUAUCAAAUGCAACAGUUGGUAGACAAGUUCUUCAAUCAUCAGCAAUGACACAUGAAACACUUUGGCAUGUUGUUGAUAGUGUCAAAAGAGAAGUACUCUCCAUUGAAAAUCAAAUAGAAAUUGAUCAAUAUGUCAGUCUUGAUAUUGACAAAAUACACAAUGAUAAAUAUUUACAAAAAACUUAUUGAAAAAUUUUAAUACCAUUUAAUUUAUUCAAUUAAUUUACAAUUA